AAACAAUGUUUCGAUUUCCUUACCUGCAAUUUCAACAAAAUAACAGAAAUUUCAUUGUUGUCAGCACUUCCAGAUGUAAACAGUGGCGAACACGCGGAUUUCAAUUGAAAUGAAUAGAUGAUGGCAUCGGAGUCAAACGCAAAAGCAAGCACCAUGCGCCUAGGAAUGUGCGAAGUUUGCGCGGCAAAAGAAGCCCGCUACGCCUGCCCAAAGUGCGAGGUGAAAACCUGCAGCCUGCCAUGCGUCCAAAUUCACAAAAAGGAACUCUCCUGCGAUGGCCAGCGGGAUCGGACUAAGUUUGUGCCCCUGAACGAGAUGACGGCGCGGGAAUUCAUGAGCGACUACUGUUUCCUGGAGGAGUGCACCCGCUAUGCGGCCAAUCGCAAAUCGGAUCAGUGCAAGCGAUUCACCCACGAGCAAAGGAAUCUUCCUGUUGCCCAACAUAGAAUGCGAACAGCGGCCAGGAAUCGCAAUAUACAGCUGCGCCUUCAGUUACCCAACUUCAGCAGGCACAAGGAGAACACCACGUAUCUGAAUUGGAAGCUUGGACGUUUCUAUUGGCGCGUUGAGUGGCUAUUUGCAAACAUUUCACUGGAGGCCAGUGGUUCAAAGAAUGCGGCCCGUUUUGUGGACGCCCGAUGUGAUGAGGAGGUUACGCUAUCGGGUCUGGUCCUUAAGUAUAUAGAUCUGCAGCACGAAACAGCUCGGGAUCAUCGCAAACUGUUAGCAAACCAUCAGACUGCCGGAAUUGGCCAACUGAGUUUUUGGCUGAGAGCCGAGGGCGUUCGACGCAGCUCCACCAGGUGUUAUCCCUUGGAGGCGACCAAAACAUUGGGCCAGAAUCUGGCCGGCAAAACUAUCGUGGAGUUUCCCACCAUCUUUGUUACAUAUGAACCGAAGCCACCAGGAGGAUAUGAUGCCAUCGACAGCGGCGAAGAACAGGAGCUGGAUGAGGAAAUCGAGAAGCCGCCUGUAGCCAAACCUGUCCAACCUAAAGCCAAAGCAGUUGAAGAGGACAUGGAUGUACCACAUGAUGUCUUUCAAAAACUUGCUGCUACCUUUGUUGGUGAAGAUGUCAGUGAGUCUGAAGAUGACGAAGAAUUCGAGGCAUUUUUCAGGCAACACGCGGAACUGUAGAAGCCGCUCAAACUCUUUAUUUGACAUGAAGGAAAACAAAUGAUUUCCAAAAAGCCGAGAGAGUUGAAUAAUCUAUGGCUAAAGGCAAGAAGCCUGUCAAGAAUUGGUCUUCAUCCAAUGUGUGGAACCAAAUAAUCAGAAAGGCCAAUUUGCCACCCAUAAAGCCGCCGCUUACCUUUACUUUUGUCUAAAGCGAUGGAGCAGCCGCUUAACCAAAUAAAACUACAAGCCUAUAUGUUUUUACAUAAAUGUUGUAUUUUGUCGUACGCAUUUGAUUUAGUUUUUAUUUUAGGCUAAUUAAACAUUAAGAAUUCAUACCACACUUCUCUUCGAUCUAGUUCCGUCAUUGUCAACAUUAUCAUAUUUCCAAUCAAUCUUGAUCAUCAUAAUAAUAUAUGUGUAUAUAAAGGAGUUUGAAAAAUCAAGUUACAGAGCUCGGGUUAUCGUAAUUUGUGUACCGUUUUUGAGUACAGAGUUUGUGGUCAAUACACAGCAGUUUAUCCCUUUUUUGGGGAUUUAUAUUUUAAUUUUGAUAUACCAAUUAGUUUUUCGAUUUGUACAUAAUACAUAUGUGUGCCAGUAUACUUCCUAUAUAA